GUGAGGGGAGUGUGACGCAGUUUCCCUCUCCUGCGAGGCGGCGGUAGCGGCGGCAGCGAGCGUCGUGGCGGCGGCGCUGGGCCCAGGCGCGGCCCAGGCUUCGAAAACCUGAUACGUCUUGAAAAUGUUUAACAAAUCAUUUGGAACUCCAUUUGGAGGCACUGCUGGCUUUGGGACUACUUCAACCUUUGGACAAAAUGCCGGCUUUGGUACUACCAGUGGAGGAGCAUUUGGAGCAUCAGCCUUUGGGUCAAACAAUAAUACAGGAGGCCUCUUUGGGAGCACACAGACCAAACCAGGGGGAUUGUUUGGUUCGACAACAUUUAAUCAACCAGCCACCUCCUCCACAAGCACUGGUUUUGGGUUUGGGACCUCAACUGGAACUUCAAACAGCUUAUUUGGGACAACCAGCACUGGUGGAGGUCUCUUUUCAUCCCAGAAUAAUGCCUUUGCACAGAAUAAACCAGCUGGGUUUGGAAACUUUGGGACAAGUACCAGCAGUGGAGGUCUCUUUGGAACCACUAACACUACCUCCAAUCCUUUUGGGAGUACAUCUGGCUCUCUCUUUGGCCCAACUAGCUUUACCGCUGCUCCAACUGGCACAACUAUUAAAUUUAAUCCACCAACUGGCACAGAUACUAUGGUAAAAUCUGGAGUUAGUACUAACAUCAGCACCAAGCACCAAUGUAUUACUGCUAUGAAGGAGUAUGAAAGCAAAUCCUUAGAGGAACUCCGUUUGGAAGAUUACCAAGCAAACAGGAAAGGGCCCUCGAACCCAGUGGGAGCAGGAGCAACUGCAAGUUUAUUUGGAUCCUCUGCAGCCACAUCAAGUGCUGCUACUGGACUGUUUGGCUCCACCACCACCAACACGGGCUUUUCCUACGGACAGAAUAAAACUGGCUUUGGAACCAGUACAACUGGCUUUGGCACGGGAACAACUGGGGGUCUCUUUGGUCAGCAGCCUCAGACAACUAGUCUGUUCAAUAAACCGUUUGGCCAGGCCACGACAACACAGAACACCGGUUUCUCUUUUGGGAACACCAGCACUCUUGGGCAGCCAAACACAAACACAAUGGGUUUAUUCGGGGCAACCCAACCCACGCAAUCAGGAGGCCUUUUUGGAACAACUGCCAACACAAAUGCUGGUACUGGAUUUGGAACUGGAACUGGUCUCUUUGGACAAGCCAACACAGGAUUCGGUGUUGGGGGUUCGACCCUGUUCGGUAACAAGCCUGCCACGUUUGGAACCACCACGACCAGUGCUCCUUCGUUUGGUACAACCACUGGCGGCGGGCUCUUUGGUAACAAACCAACCCUGACUUUAGGAACCAAUACAAACACUUCCAAUUUUGGUUUUGGUACAAACACUGCUGGCACUAGUCUGUUUGGGAAUAAGCCUACAACUGGGUCUCUGGGAACUGGACUCGGAACUGGAUUUGGGACAGCUCUUGGUGCAGGUCAGACUUCAUUAUUUGGGAACACCCAGCCUAAACUAGGUGGGACCCUGGGAACCGGAGCAUUUGGAGCACCGGGAUUCAACACGUCAACGGCUACUCUGGGCUUUGGAGCUCCUCAGCCUGCUGUGGCACUGACUGACCCCAAUGCUUCAGCGGCCCAGCAAGCUGUCCUUCAGCAGCACCUCAACAGCUUGACCUAUUCACCCUUCGGAGAUUCUCCUCUCUUCAGAAACCCCAUGUCAGACCCGAAAAAGAAAGAAGAGAGAUUGAAACCAACCAACCCAGCGGCACAGAAGGCUUUGACUACACCCACUCACUACAAACUGACCCCUCGUCCUGCAACUCGAGUGAGACCCAAAGCUCUGCAGACUUCGGGCUCGGCCAAAUCUCACCUCUUUGAUGGUCUGGAUGAUGAUGAGCCCUCCCUAUCCAACGGUGCUUUCAUGCCCAAGAAGAGCAUCAAGAAGCUGGUUUUGAAAAACCUCAGCAGCAGUAACCUGUUUUCUCCUGUCAGUCGCGAAGCUGAAGACUUGGCCUCUCCAUCAGAGUAUCCAGAGAACGGAGAGCGGUUCAACUUUCUGUCCCGCUCUAUUGAUGAGAACCACAGACAGGAUGGUGAGCCAGAGGAAGAGGACGAUCAUCACGAAGUGACUAGGUUUUACACAAACCCCAUUGCCAAACCCAUCCCACAGACCCCAGAGAACGCUGUGCACAAACACCAGAACAGUGUGGAUGAUACCAUUGUGGCUCUGAAUAUGCGGGUUGCCUUGCGAAAUGGACUGGAAGGCAGCAGUGAAGAUGCCUCGUAUCAUGAAGAGUCUCUGCAGGAUGACCGUGAAGAUGAGACUGAGAACAUGCAUCAUCUGCACCCAGCAGGAAUUGUUCUCACAAAAGUAGGCUACUAUACCAUCCCGUCUAUGGAGGAGCUGGCCAAGCUUACCAAUGACAGAGGAGAGUGCAUCUUGACAGAUUUCACCAUAGGUCGUAAAGGUUAUGGAUCAAUUUACUUUGAAGGAGAAGUGAACCUAACUAAUUUAAAUCUGGAUGAGAUUGUGCACAUCCGUCGGAAAGAAGUUAUUGUCUACCCUGAUGAUGAAAGGAAACCACCUGUUGGUGAAGGUUUAAAUAGGCGAGCAGAGGUUACGUUAGAUGGAGUUUGGCCAACAGAUAAGACAUCUCGUUGCUUGAUAAAGAGCCCUGAACGGCUAACGGAUAUGAAUUAUGAAGGCAGACUGGAGGCUGUAUCUCGGAAACAGGGAGCUCAGUUCAAGGAGUACCGUCCAGAGACUGGUUCUUGGGUGUUUAAGGUGGCUCAUUUCUCUAAAUAUGGCCUGCAAGACUCUGACGAGGAGGAAGAGGAAGAGCAUUCUGCAAAAGCGGACACAAAGAAGUUAAAAACUGCUCCAGUGCCACCCCAGGGGCAGCCAGUGCCCCAGCAGAUGGCCCUGAAUGGGAAACCAGCCCCACCGUCUCAGAGCCCAGAAGUGGAACAGCUGGGGAGGGUGGUCGAACUGGACAGCGAUAUGACCGACAUCACCCAGGAACCUGCCCAGGACUCCAUGCUAGAAGAUGUUGUGACCGAAGAUCAGGAACCCGUGCCUGCAUCAACACACAUUGCAUCCUCACUGGGCAUAAACCCCCACGUGUUGCAGAUCAUGAAGGCUUCCUUGCUGGCUGAUGAAGAGGAUUUAGACUUGAUCCUAGAUCGUCAUUUUGGCAAACAGUCUACGAAAAUGGAUACUUCUCAAGAAAUCUGCUCUCCCAGACUUCCAAUUUCAGCUUUGCAAGGACAGAAGAAGCGCUCCUCAGUUGGUGGAUUGCUGCAAUCAAAAUUUGCCAGUGUCUCUCUCCUUCCAAGUGCCUCUUUACAAGAUUCUCGUGGACCAAGAACUUCCUCUUUUGGCAAAGCCCCUCCUCCAGCACCUUGGUCUGUGUUUUCCCCGCUUGCCUCUGUGUUCACCAUCCCUGCUGCAGCCCCAGAGCCACAGAUGAAGACAGUGGGUACCCGCAGGCAGCAGGGGCUGGUGCCUCUGGAGAAAUCCAUUACCUAUGGAAAAGGAAAACUCUUGAUAGACAUGGCACUCUUCAUGGGACGCUCGUUUCGGGUCGGCUGGGGACCCAGUUGGACUCUUAUCAAUUGUGGAGACCAAGUGAGCGAGGCAAAGCAUCUUCGCAACACAUCUAUGGAAUACGGGUUCUUGCCAGCUCCUGUCGCUCCCAAAUCGCUUUCAGAAUCGUCCUUCAAGGUUCACAUAGAGAAGCUGAACUUGGAACAGAAGGAGACGGAGGGUGACAAGCAAUUAUACCUCCUACCUCUGGAGAUAAAACUGAAACACAGCACUGUCCAUUUGGAUGAUUAUUGUCCUUUCAUCGCCCCCAACCCAGGAGUGGCUGCCAUUCACGACUAUGCUGACUGGGUUAGAGAGGUCUCUGGAGACCUUGCAGAAAUUGAAAACGUGGUGAAGCACUGGGGUCUGACGUGGACUCUGUGCGAGGCAAUCUGGGGCAACCUGAAAGAGUUGGAAGCCAGUUUGGAGGAUCCCAGUGAGUACAUCCUGACCCUGGAGCGCAGGAAAGCCUUCUCGCGCUGGCUAUCGCAGACCGCAGCCGGGAGGAUCGAGGAGGAGGUCUCGCUCUCGCGGCACGAUAACCACAUUGAGGCUGUGUUUAGCUACCUCACUGGGAAGCGGAUCAGCGAGGCUUGUAGGUUGGCACAACAGUCAGGUGAUUACAGGCUCGCUCUACUCCUCUCCCAGCUGGUGGGCAGCCAGGAGGUUCGGGAGCUCCUCACCAUGCAGUUAGUGGACUGGCACAGGCUCCAGGCAGACUGCUUCAUCCAGGAAGAGAGGUUACGCAUCUUUGCUCUGCUUGCUGGAAAGCCGGUGUGGCAGUUAUCUGAGAGGAAAAGCAUUAAUGUUUGCUCACAGCUGGACUGGAAGCGCUGUAUAGCUAUCCAUCUCUGGUACCUGCUUCCACCUACAGCUUCCAUUUCCAAGGCACUUGGCAUGUAUGAGGCAGCGUUCCAGAACACGCUGGAGUCCGAGAAGUAUGCCUGCUGUCCCCUUCCUCCGUAUCUAGAGGGCUCAGGCUGCGCACUUGAGGAAGAUGACAGCGCAAACAGGCCGCUGCGAGAUGUCUGCUUUCAUCUGUUAAAGCUCUACAGUGACAGACAUUACGAUCUCCAUCAGCUGCUGGACCCCAGGAGUAUAACGUCUGACCCCUUGGACUACCGUCUCAGUUGGCACCUGUGGGAAGUGCUCAGAGCCCUGAAUUACACACAUUUAUCGGGACAGUGUCAGGGAGUGCUGAAUGCCAGCUAUGCUGCCCAGCUGGAAAGCAAAGGGCUCUGGGAAUGGGCCAUCUUUGUGCUGUUGCAUACCUCUAAUGCACACAUGCGUGAAAAGGCAGUGCGUGAGCUCUUAACCCGCCACUGCGUGCUGCCCGAGACGCCAGAAUCCUGGACAAAAGAAGCCUUCCUGACGCAAAAGCUCUGUGUUCCCCCAGAGUGGAUUCACGAGGCAAAGGCCAUUCGGGCAAGGAUGGAGGGAGAUAAGCAUAAAGAGGCUCUCUACUUAUUCAGAGCUGGGCACUGGAACCAGUGCCACAAGCUGGUCAUCAGGCACUUAGCCUCAGAUGCCAUUAUCAACGAGAACUACAAGUACCUGAAAGGCUUCCUGGAAGAUUUGUCCCCCCCAGAACGGAGUACGCUCAUCCAGGACUGGGACACGGCAGGGCUGGUUUAUUUGGACUAUAUCCGGGUCAUUGAGAUGCUCGACAGGAUUCAGCAGCUGGAUUGUUCCACGUAUGAGUUGGAGAGAUUACAUACCAAAGUGACGUCGCUAUGCAAUAGGAUAGAACAGAUACAAUGCCACAGCGCCAAGGACCGGUUGGCUCAGUCAGACAUGGCCAAGCGCAUCGCUAACCUGCUGCGGGUGGUGCUGAGCCUGCAGCACUCUCCAGAGCCUGCCUCCGACUCCACGCCCGACGUGCAGCGAGUCCCCCUCCGCCUGCUCGCGCCCCACAUUGGCCGGCUCCCCAUGCCGGAGGACUAUGCCCUGGAGGAGCUGCGCGGCCUCACCCAGUCCUACCUACGGGAACUGACGGUGGUGACGCAGUGAGACAGGCCCGCUUCUGCGAGUAGACUCGUUUUUACCAUUUGUGGACCCUGCCAGCGAGGGUCAAGGUUAACAUCUCCCUGGGCAGCACCCUCUCCAGCCACACAGCUUUUCCACAAGGGUGCGCUGGGCUAAGUGGGCUGGGGGAGCAGCCGAAGACUCGGACCCCGCUGGCCGGCACCCUCAACUCCACACGCUUUUCUACCGUUAAUAAACACCUCUUGUAGACCCCCUCCGCAAGCUGGCUCAUAUCUGUGGAGGGAGCGUGGCGGGGGCGCACUGGGUCUCUCAGCGGGUAUUUGCUACUGACUUGCAGCACAGAAGACAGCAAAGCAGUUUUGGGACAGCUCUUUGGCAGUAGGCACGUUCAGUCUGGCAGGACUGCACCAGUUAGAUGAACUCUUGGCAUCUGAAUUAAUUGAAGAUGAAUCAAGCUUCAUUGAAAGGAGUUGCUGGGUGGGAAGGUGGGGGGGGAGGGACGGUAAGGGACUGUAACUUCUCUAUAGCAAAGCAUCUUUUCCAGCCUGUGUCCAAUCGUGCGGUUGGAAACCCGCAAGUGUGUAACGCCCUCCUUCUGAAAGGCAAGAAGCCAAGCUCUUCCUUUGCCUCAGGCCAGAGGGGGUUGGCGCUGGAGUGCAUGUGCCUUAAGGUCUGUGCUGCACUGUCCAGGCCUCUGGAGGGAAGAUGUCCAUGGGUUCCCCAUCGUUGUGUGUGCAGUGUGUUGCUACCCUUUGGUAAAACAAAGCAUCUUCGUGAAUCCAGGCUCGGAGCCUGUAACUCCGUACCGAAACCACCCGGCCAAAGCAGGGGAGGUCCUUGAUGGGAGCCAGCAGCCUGCGCUCCAGAGGCUUCGGCAGUGUAAGCUGGCUCCCAUGUCGUUUUAAACACUGCAUGGUUCAGGGCCCCGGCGCGUGCCAGCACCCUGGGCUGCAUUGAAGGGAGGCGCCUGCUCGCUCAGUCCGUUCACGCCUGUGUUUUUAGCCUAGAACAUGCUGCCGUGUCUGUGUUUGCUGUGUAGCUGGAUCACAUCGUCGUCAUCGAGCACAAGAACUUUCUGCAAGUGAACAGCUGGUAGCAUCCGAUUUACUAUAGGUUGUACAGGCUUUACUUUUACUGUGUCUAGAAGCUGACUAUUUUUGGAAACAUAAAGCUUGUCUAUUGGCCUACUCUGAUUUCGGGGUCACAGUCACGGUGCCACCUGCCCACCGGCAAUCGCUGACAAAUCCGGCAGCCGACAGGGCCUGUGACCUGUUAGGUGCUGCUGUGGAUUGGCUCUUUGAGGGUCCUUUAUGCAUGAGAAUUAUGUAAAGGUUUUUAUUAAAAGUAUAAAUAAAUGAUCUAGAUUAUUUUCCUGUCUUUCUGAAAAUACUUUCUUAAAAAUAAAUAAAUAAAAAGUUUAUAGUA